AUGGCGCCGGUGCGGGCCAUCUGGACUAGGAUUGUAUACGUCCUCGAUUUUUUCGUUCACGGAUCACAGAAAGUCCCAGACUUCGAUACCAGUACUGCACUGCAAGUUCCUAUCAAGUCUCCAGAAGCCACAACCAAAGGAGGCUUCCCAAUCUACAAUCCACCAGACGACCUUGAUGACGUUGCUGAUCCCACAUUCAUAUGCAAGUAUCCAGACUACCGAAAGGAAGACGGCUGGGUUUCUUGCAACACGAACGGUAACAGGACUUGCUGGCUGAAGAAUACCAAGACUGGCCAAACGUAUGAUAUCGGCACAAACUACGAGAUUGAUGGUCCCACAGGAGUCGUGAGAGAGUAUUACCUGGAGCUUUCGGAGUCCACCCGCAAUCCCGAUGGCGCCGGAGACGUAUAUGUCCAGCUCUUCAAUGGCAGUUUCCCUGGACCGCGUCUGCAAGCUUGCUGGGGCGAUGAGAUUAGAAUCACAAUCAACAAUACUUUGGCGAAGACUGCUUCUGAGCCAGGCAACGGGACUACAGUUCACUGGCACGGUUUUCGACAGUGGAAGACUGGCCAGAUGGACGGAGUCAAUGCUGUGACUCAAUGUCCCAUUGCGCCAGGAGAGACGUUCACCUAUGUUUUCAAUACAACUCAGUAUGGCACUUCGUGGUACCAUAGCCACUACUCCCUUCAGUACGCAGCAGGAUUGCUGGGAGCGUUCACUGUCUAUGGGCCGAUGUCUAAAAGCUUCGACCAUCAAGUAGCUCCCAUCAUUCUGAGUGAUUGGCUGCACAUGCCGUAUGAAACCCCACUUUCUGCAGUACUGGGCGUCACUAACCGAUCAUAUAGCGUCUUCGAGAAGUGGGAAUGGUCUAUGGUGACGAAGUGUGGUCGUCAAUGGCCUCUUCUCGAUGCAUCCAAGCCUGUUCCAGAAGGAACGAAGUUCAAUGAAGUAGUAUUCCAGAGAGGAGUCCGGUACCUCAUGCGUAUCAUCAAUGGCGCGGCUGACACGACAUUUGUGUUCUCCAUCGACAACCAUUCCUUCUGGGUCAUCUCAACAGACUUUGUCUCCAUCACGCCGUACUAUACGAACAAGAUUGUGGUUGGCAUUGGCCAGCGAUACAACAUCAUAGUAGCAGGAGAACCCACUAUUCCCUCCGAAGACGUCAACUUCUGGAUCCGCACAUCGCCAGCCACAAACUGCACUGCUUUCAAUCCAGGACCACUGGACAAGGGCUGCAAACCCAAGGACCUCAGCUUUCGACAGCCUGAUGGUCGCACUGGUAUUCUGCGCUAUUCUUCAAACACAGACUUCCCGACCACUAGUCGACAGGAAAACAUAACACUUGACUGCAUUGACGAGACGUACUAUCCGGAUGUCCAGACAUUGUCACCAAUUGUCAAGUGGAAUGUCAGUGAAACUCGGCAAGUACUACCCGACUUCCACCUCGACUUCAUGAAAACCAACGGGACCCCAUAUUACCCCUGCAAAAAGAACACCUCCCACUUCUAUCUCGUCCAAAGCCACCCAAUGUGGCUAAACUUCAGCGACCCACCCCUCCUCAACCCAACCCAAGACUUCACCAAGAAGCCCUGGCUUACAGUCAUCGACUCCGGCGACGCCGACGAAGACGACUGGUUCCAACUCAACAUCAUCUCCGGUGCAGCAAAACCAAAGAACCCCUCAAAACCCCAUCCCAUCCCCAAAAAACCCAGCGCAGCCUACUUCCCCGGCCAGCACCCCAUCCACCUCCACGGCCACGACUUCGCGGUCCUCGACCAAUGCGUCCCCGACGAAUCCCAAGAAUGCGACAUCGCACAAGCAAACCUCACACUCCACAACCCACCUCGUCGAGAUGUAGCUUUUCUUCCCGAUGGCGGGUAUCUGAUCAUCGCAUUCAAAGCGGAUAAUCCUGGAGCGUGGAUUAUGCAUUGUCAUAUCGCGUUUCAUGCUUCAAUGGGAUUAGCGGCGCAGAUUCUGGAGAAUGUGAAACUUUGGCCAAAGACUUUUAUGCCUGGCUGGGAUGAGCCUUUCUUUGAUAUGUGCAAAGCUUGGGAUAAAUGGAGUCCUGAUGAUUCGAGUGAUCCUUGUAUGCAUUUGCAUCCGGACGUGUUGCCUUUGCAGACGGAUUCGGGGAUUUGA